GUAAUAAAAUCAAAUCCGGGGCCUUUUAAUUAGUAAAUACCCUUUUAUAAACCCGACAACUGCAACUCCACUUCUAUUCUAUCCCACUGACAGUCUCACCGGACUGUACCGUACCGUCUUCCCCACUGCAUCAAUUUCACCAACAUAUAAACCCUAAUCUUCUGCAACAAUGGGGUUGGCCUCUGUUUUCUGUGUCUGCGCAAUUGCCGUUGUUCUUCAAUUAUGUUUAUUUUCAGUUUCCGCCAAAAAAACUUACAUCGUGCACAUGAAGCACCGCCACAAGCCCGCAAUCUACGCCACCCACGGCGAAUGGUACUCCGACCACUUCCAAUCUCUCACCGCCGCCGAUCCAGAUUCCCUAUUGUACACCUACGACGCCGCGUACCAUGGAUUCGCCGCCGCGAUGUCGCCGGAGGAGGCCGAGUCGCUCCGCCAGUCCGACUCCGUCCUCGGAGUCUACGAGGACGCCGUCUACAACCUCCACACCACCCGCACGCCGGAGUUUCUGGGGCUUGAUUCGGAGCUCGGCCCGUGGGUCGGCCACAGCCUGCAGGAACUCAACCAGGCGUCUCAGGACGUGAUAAUCGGGGUUUUGGACACCGGUGUUUGGCCGGAGUCAAAGUCCUUUAGCGAUUCGAACAUGGCUGAUAUUCCGGCGCGGUGGCGCGGCGAGUGUCAGGCGGCCGAUGAUUUCAACCCUAAGAUCCACUGCAAUAAGAAGUUGAUCGGUGCCCGGUUUUUCUCCAAAGGAUACAACACCAUGGCGUCGGGCGGCGGUUCGAAGGAGUCCCAAUCCCCCCGCGACGGCGACGGACACGGCACCCACACGGCCAGCACCGCCGCGGGGUUCCAGGUGGAGAACGCCUCCCUGUUGGGGUACGCCGCCGGGAACGCCAGAGGAAUGGCGACUCACGCCCGAUUAGCUACUUACCGGGUCUGCUGGAAAACCGGGUGCCUCGGCUCCGACAUACUCGCCGCCAUGGACCGCGCGAUACUCGACGGAGUGGACGUACUGUCUCUCUCCCUCGGCGGCGGAUCCGCGCCGUACGCUCGCGACACCAUCGCCGUCGGAGCUUUCGCGGCGAUGGAGAAGGGGAUCUUCGUGUCGUGCUCAGCCGGAAAUAGUGGGCCCACCAGAGCUUCACUGGCGAAUGUUGCCCCGUGGAUAAUGACUGUCGGCGCCGGCACAUUGGACAGAGAUUUCCCUGCUUUUGCUGCUCUGGGGAACGGCCUGAAAUACACCGGCGUAUCUUUAUACAGUGGAGAAGGAAUGGGGAGCAAGUUGGUGGAGCUAGUUUACAACAACAAUGGCGGCAAUACUUCGGGCAAUCUCUGCUUAGCCGGUUCGCUCGACCCGGCCGCUGUGCGUGGAAAAGUUGUUCUCUGCGACAGAGGGAUAAGUGCGAGGGUGGAGAAGGGUUCGGUGGUGAAGGAGGCCGGUGGGGUGGGGAUGAUUCUGGCGAACACCGCCGCGAGCGGGGAGGAGUUGGUGGCGGACAGCCACCUGUUGCCGGCGGUGGCUGUGGGGAGGAAGGUGGGGGACUUGAUAAGGCAGUACGUGAAGACGGGGAAGAAUCCGACGGCUGGUUUGAGCUUCGGAGGGACGGUGGUGAACGUGAAGCCGUCGCCGGUGGUGGCGGCGUUCAGCUCGAGGGGGCCGAAUAUGGUGACGCCGCAGAUUCUGAAGCCUGACGUAAUUGGACCGGGGGUCAAUAUACUGGCAGCAUGGCCGCAGGGUGUGGGCCCCACCGGCCUUGACAAGGACGCCCGUAAGACACAGUUCAACAUCAUGUCUGGCACAUCAAUGUCAUGCCCGCACAUAAGCGGCCUAGCCGCUCUUUUGAAAGCGGCCCAUCCCGAUUGGAGCCCGAGCGCGAUCAAAUCGGCGCUCAUGACCACCGCAUACACCGUCGACAAUGCCAACUCGCCUCUCCGAGACGCGGCCGAUUACUCCCUCUCCACCCCGUGGGCCCACGGUGCGGGCCACGUGGACCCCCACAAAGCCCUCUCCCCCGGGCUCGUGUACGACGCCACGCCGGACGAUUACGUCUCGUUCCUAUGCUCGUUGGACUACACCGACGAUGCGGUGCAGUUGAUCGCCAGGCGCCCUAACGCCACUUGCUCUUCUUCUAGAAGGUUCCGGGACCCCGGCCAGCUCAACUACCCCUCGUUCUCCGUGGUGUUUGGAGGAGGGAAGAAGAACAGUAGGGUUGUGCGGUACACGAGGGAGCUGACUAAUGUGGGACCCGCGGGGUCCGCUUACGUGGCGGAGCUUGAGGUGCCUCCGACUGUGGGGGCAACCGUGAAGCCGUCGAAGCUCGUUUUUGGCAAUGUUGGUGAGAAGUUGAGAUAUACUGUUACUUUCGUUUCUAAAAAAGAUGUGGACUAUUCGUUGACAAGUGGGUUCGGGUCGAUUACUUGGAAGAACGCGCAACAUCAAGUGCGGAGCCCGGUCUCAUUCUCGUGGACCCUAAGGCUAUAAUUUAUAUGGUAGUUCUCUUUUGUUUAAUGGUGAAUUUAACUGGAUUUUCUAGGUUUUGAACUAAGUGGUGAAGGCCCCUUUCUUCUAUAUGGUAUUUCGUAAUUUAUAUUUAUUAAUAAUUUAAUAUACAAUAUGAAGAACUUACCAUAUAUGUUCAAAGGGAUAA